UGUGCAUUUACCACUGAAGAGUUACCACUCGAACGCGCUGAGCCGCCGCGGGCAAACGUGUGCCGCCAACCGCCAUCAUCACUUUCACGUUCGCAAAUAAAAAAAAAAGCGCGGGAAUCUUGUGCGAGAAAUCACACGAUAAGUUUCAAAUAAUAACGAGCAUUAAUAUAAUUAGUAACUAAGGACAUAACAACCGUGACAUCGGAUUGUUUACAAAUACACAAUCAUGAUGUGAAAAUAAAACAGGUUCAAACGUUUAACAACCAUAGCCGGGAGCACGCGUUUUUCAAAAAACGAGAAACACCGCACGUGAAUUUCGCGGUGAUUCUUUUUCUACUAUUUCUAUUUCUUUAUCUUGGAUUCUUUCGUCUACUGGUCUCUGUACUUCGAGUUUCAUUCGUCAAUCGAUUGUGUCGCGUCAGUUGCGUGAGUUGAUACCAACUUUGGAACUGUUAUUAGUGCAGUGUAAGAAUUGUGCAUCAAUACGUGUGGACGUACUGUUAGUGCGUUCGGAUCCUGCAGUUGUCUCUUUGAUAUAAUAUGGGUAUGAUUUGGAAAUCCGCCAUGCCUUUACUGACCACGUUGGCUGCUUUGGUGAUUAUAGUACAUUCUGCAGAAGAAGAUUUAGAGGCAGAGUAUCGACACGACUUAAGGCCUAGAGCAUUGGAUACAGGAGCACCUAAUUACGACCAGCCAUGGAGAGCAAUGGAAGCAGAUCCACCGCUACAAGAACCACGGAAUGUAGACCAUUGGGACAACGACUCACCAGACGGUCUACCAAAGCGGCGCAGAAUUGGCCGUAAACGAAAACGUCGUCCACAAACUAGUUCAACUGAAGAUAUCAUACCACAAGAGAGAUACGCUUAUGCUGAUGAAGAACCCCGGCCAUACUUCGACGUAGAUUUUGACCGCACUCGCCAAACCACAGAAAUGCCCAAGAGAAGACGAAAGAAAACAGAAAACAGACCGACCCGGUGGACUGAUGACGUCAUGGAAUUGGAGAGGCCCAUGAGAAGGAGAGGACAGCGUAGAAAGCGGCCGUCACUUGACAAAUGGCCCGAAUUAAGUGAAUUCAGUCAAACUGUACCACCACAACCGAACACAGAACCACCGGAACUUCACAAUGGUGACGACGCGAGACCAGAAUUACGAAGAGACGCACCAUUAUAUGAAAAUAAACAAGAAUUAGCAGAAUUAAGUCCAACUAAAAUUAAAGUAGAAUUUGAUCAGCUUGGAACUAACAUCGAAUUUCCUUUAGGUGAUGACAAGGAAUCUUUUGUAGAACCUACAGUCCAGCUGGUCCAAGAUAAAUCUCUGUCAGAAUUUUCAUCAGAAGACAUUGGAAUGGCACCAAUAAGACCAUUGAAACGAAGUCAAACUGUGAGCUCUAACGAUCAGCACAGCAAGCCAGUUACAGAGAAAUCCGAGAAACUACAGGUAAUGUCCAACAAUAUUGAUUUAAUUAAAUGCAUGCUAUCAUGUCGUAGUAGCUCGGAGGUUUAAGACGUCCGCUUCUUAUUUAUGAGUGUGUGGGUUUGAAAUUUACCAGCGGCAAGUACCAAUGUGACUUUUUCAGAGUUAUAUGUACUUUCUAAGAUUAUUUAGAUACCACGGACAAACGGUGAAGUAAAACAUCGUGAGGAAACCUGGACUUAUAAUUUCUAAUUAUAAGUUGAAAUCGC